GCAGGCAGCUCGCAGCGGGGCGGGGGCUGCCGGCACCCGGGGAGGAGCGGCCGGGCCCGGCUCUAUUCAAGUCAUUGGCACUGAGUCCCGGCCAGCGGAGCUGCCCAGCCGAGAUGCCUCGACAGUUUCCAAAGCUGAACAUUUCUGAAGUUGAUGAACAGGUGCGGCUUCUGGCGGAGAAGGUGUUUGCUAAAGUUCUCCGAGAAGAAGACAGCAAAGAUGCCUUGUCACUGUUCAGUGUGCCUGAAGACUGUCCUAUUGGGCAGACAGAAGCUAAGGAAAGAGAACUGCAGAAGGAGUUGGCAGAACAACAGUCUCUGGAGACAGCCAAAAGGAAGAAGAGUUUCAAGAUGAUUCGGUCCCAGUCCUUGUCAUUACAAAUUCCAAACCAAGAGGGAAAGGCACCAUCAAACACUUCAUUUCUGUCUCCUGCAACUCCAGUUGUUCCAGGUGCUUUUCAGCAAGUCCCAGUGCCAUACAAUGUACCAGAAUUUCAGAGAGUUGCAAUUAGUGGGGAUUACUGUGCAGGGGUUACAGUUGAUGAUUAUGAACAGGCUGCCAAGAGCCUGGUGAAAGCUCUGCUCAUUCGAGAGAAGUAUUCACGUCUUGCCUACCAUCGCUUUCCAAGGACGACAUCACAGUAUUUGUGUACUAUGCAAGAUGAAAACUGGAAGAUCGAAGAUGAAGUAUGUCCAGAUUUCCAUCCUCCCCCAAAAGAACUAGAAGAUCCUUAUAACCUUGAUGAUGCUCCAGACAACUUGGAUUAUGUUGUCAAGAUGAAAGGAGGCAUUCCAUUUGUUUAUGACAACAAAGAAAUGAUGGGACUGAACGAGCCUCAGAGCUUGCCGUAUCCUGACCUGGAGACCUACACACUUGACCUCAGCCAUGUUCUUGCUCUCAUUGCAGAUGGUCCAACAAAAACAUAUUGCCAUCGAAGGCUGAAUUUUUUAGAAUCUAAAUUCAGUUUACACGAGAUGUUAAAUGACAUGUCUGAAUUCAAAGAACUGAAGAGUAAUCCCCAUCGGGACUUUUAUAAUGUGAGAAAGGUGGAUACUCAUAUCCAUGCUGCUGCCUGCAUGAAUCAGAAACAUUUGCUGAGGUUUAUUAAGCAUACUUACCAAACAGAAUCAAACAGGAUUGUUGCAGAGAAAAAAGGCAAGAAACUGACAUUAAAGCAGGUGUUUGAAAGCCUUCACAUGGACCCUUAUGACCUCACAGUAGAUUCGUUAGAUGUCCAUGCAGGUCGCCAAACAUUUCAUCGUUUUGAUAAAUUUAAUUCCAAAUACAAUCCAGUUGGUGCCAGUGAGCUAAGGGACUUGUAUUUGAAAACUGAGAACUACAUUGGUGGUGAAUACUUUGCUCGUAUGGUCAAGGAAGUAGCCCAUGAACUAGAAGACAGUAAAUAUCAGUACACGGAACCUCGGUUAUCCAUUUAUGGACGGUCUCCAGUUGAAUGGCAGAACUUAGCGAAGUGGUUCAUUAAACACAAGGUUUAUUCACCUCACAUGCGCUGGAUAAUUCAGAUUCCCAGAAUCUAUGAUAUAUUUAGGUCAAAGAAUCUGCUGCCUACUUUUGGGAAGAUGCUAGAAAACAUUUUCUUACCCCUGUUUGAGGCAACCAUCAAUCCCAAAGACCACAAAGAGCUGCACCUCUUCCUCAAAUAUGUAACCGGCUUUGACAGUGUUGAUGAUGAGUCCAAACAUAGUGGCCACAUGUUCUCUGACAAGAGUCCUAGCCCAGAUGCCUGGACCAGUGAAAGAAAUCCUCCAUAUAGUUAUUAUUUGUAUUACAUGUAUGCCAACAUCAUGUUGCUUAACAACCUUAGAAAGGAGAGAGGCAUGUCUACCUUCUUGUUUAGGCCUCAUUGUGGAGAAGCUGGGUCAAUCACUCAUUUGGUAUCAGCCUUUCUGACAGCUGACAACAUUUCUCAUGGACUACUCUUGAAGAAGAGUCCAGUUCUCCAGUAUCUUUAUUAUCUUGCACAAAUCCCUAUUGCCAUGUCUCCACUUAGCAACAACAGCCUAUUUCUAGAAUAUUCAAAAAGUCCACUCCGGGAGUUUCUGCAUAAGGGACUUCAUGUUUCUCUCUCUACAGAUGAUCCUAUGCAAUUCCAUUAUACAAAGGAAGCCCUUAUGGAGGAAUAUGCCAUAGCAGCUCAAGUGUGGAAACUGAGCACUUGUGACCUGUGUGAAAUAGCAAGAAACAGUGUACUACAAAGUGGAUUGUCUGAUAAGGAGAAACAAAAAUUCUUGGGAAUAGAUUAUUGUAAAGAAGGGCCUGAAGGAAAUGACAUUCGAAAGACAAAUGUUGCACAGAUUCGAAUGGCUUUCAGGUAUGAGACACUGUGCAAUGAGCUUAGUUUCCUGUAUGAUGCUAUGAAAUCAGAAGCAAUUACGGCUUUAUCGCAACAGUCACAGCACCAAGAAAAAAGCCAGUUUUGCUCCUGACCGGAUUUAUUACCAACUGCUUUCUUAAUAUUGAAUCGUCUGUGUCUGAGAGACGCUAAGAUGGAACUGUUUGAACAACACCAAGAAGUAAAAUAUCCAUGGGAGAGGGAGCUGAACAGCAUUCGAAGGAAUCUUCUACACUUUUACAGUUAUGUAGUGUUGGUUUCUACAACCACUAUGCUUUAGAUAUCAGAUGCAAGCUCAGAACUCUGUAAUCAUUUGUGCUACAUACUGCCUUUAAAUUGUACUCUGCAUUGUAGUUUAAAAACCCUAACAUAUUGUUGAUAUUGCUUGCAUCUGUGAUAUUCUACUGUAAACGCAAGAUGCAUGAAGACAACAGAUGCUGGUAGUACACAUGCAACUGAUUUUGUCAUGCUGGGUGUCAGUGACAGUCACAGCUAACAACACUUAAAUUUCAGCCCCUGGUUUGUUAGAAGAUUUUAGGAUGCACAAAAUUUAGACGAGCACUUCUAUUCAUUUUGUAAAAUAUUAUGUGGCACUCACCAGUCUUUACAUAAAAUAUUAAACAGUGAUCUGAAGGGGAAGAGAGAUUAUUACCAGACAAUUAUUGCACAUCUUUUUAGGAUUACAAAUCAUUUAUCGUAUUAUUAUUACCUAGCACUUGGGGUAGAGAUGGGAAGAAACACAGAAGAUAAAUGCUGUUUCCUAAUGAAAACAGAAAAAUCAGUGUAAAAAUAUUGUAUAUCAUAGUACUACAAAGUGACUUUUGAAGGUGUAGCUUCAUUAUGAAAGCAUGCCUUGAAAGUGGAGAACAAUUUUUUUUUUUUUUUUGCUUGCUUUGUUACCAAAGAGAGUAGGUGUGUCCUGUCUUCGUUAUCAUAUUUUCUCACGUACCACAUGACCCCAUGAUUUAGGAAGGCAGAAUGAAGAGAAAAAGAUUUUUCCAGUCAUGGCUGAAUAUUGGCCACAUGGAGCAGGGAUGGAAACUACUCUUCAGUAUCACUCACUCUCCCCUCAGCUCUACAACUAGAGCUUGUCACAGGCACUUGCUGAAUUGACUGCUCAGCCAAAAACUGUUGCUAAUUUGACAGUGGCCAUGACAAGGUCCAAGCUUUACUUGUAUAUCAAAUCUGCCAGGAGAGGGAGUGACUCUCAAAAGCAGACUCUUUCCCUGCUGCAUAUGGCUGGGAGCCCGGUAUCAUGCCAGCAGCCAUUCUAGCAUCCCCAUGCCUCCAUUCUGGUGUGAAAAUCAAUUUUCUUGUUAAACUACACCCCCAAUUUUGAGGGAAGGUACAUGUGGUAUGCAAGUGAAUACAGUACUUGGAAAUGCAAGUGACUUGUUGUGGAUGCAUACAAAGGAGAACCUAUUGACUUGAACAAGAAUAAACUCUGGCUAUUAGUGGUAGAAGUUAAAGACUUAGAUUCAGGUACGACUUCUGACCUCUUACGUGUGUUUUAUUGUAUUUUAGCUUAUAUUUUUAUUAAUGGAUGAGAUGGGUGGUAAGUCAAAUUGUGUUUUUAUUUAUACAGAAGUUAUCCUAUUUUGAGAUAAAAUAGUCUAAAAUUACUUAUGUGAAACUUUUUAUUUAGGGAAGGGGUUGACUUAGGAAGAUGUAGCUACUAUAAUAUUUAUCCUGUGAUUUCACAUUCUUCUGCUUGAUUGUCUUCCUUAAGACACAGCAUUACCAUUCAAAUGAAAUGAUUAAAAUAUAGUAUGCUGCUAGCACCUUAUCCACGUUGUAAUACUAUAUGCCGUUCAUACCAAAAAAGAUAAAGGGCUUGAUUCAUUAAAGAACUUUAGUGCUGCAAUGUCUAACUGAAAGAUGCUUGGGCUCUGGAGUGGAAUCUAGAGCUUGGUAUUUAGGCUUCCUGUGCAGUGCACUGGCACAAGUAGGCCUCAAAGUCCAUCCAAGAAAUUCCACAUGCUGAGCAGGGAGCUGCCUACAGCUGGUCAAAAGAAAAUGCUACUUAAAUUGUGAUUCUCUCUAAAGUAGGGGUAGGCAACCCCUGGCACAAGUGCCAGAGCAUGGCACUUGAAGGCAUUUUGCUUGGCACAUAUGCCUUGGGAGCAGACGGCAGGGAAGGGACCAGGGCUAUGCUACCACAACAAGGAUCAGGCCCCUCAUUGCUCCCUUGCCAUCUGCCCCUGGCAUGCCAGAAAUCUUACAAGUCAAGGUUGCGGGUGUUUUUGGCACUCUGCCCAAAAAUGUUGCUAAUCCCUGCUCUAGAGUUUCGGCACCGGCAGCUCCAAGUCAGAUGACUACAUCAAAUCGGCACCCCCAGCCUGGAAUCCUCUCUUAAGGGUAAAUGUCUACAUCUGUUCUCAGAUAAAUGAGAGCGAAUCCUCUUCAAUUUAAGCAUGCUCAGGCAGUGUGGGCAGCAGAUCACGGCUCUGCCCUGGCUCCAGAUCACACGGUUACUGUUGCAAAAUCCUGGCCCUGGAGCAACUCCCUGCCCAGCCACAUACCCUGCCAGCACUGCUAGGGUCAAUCUCCAUGGAAACCCUGGCUCCUCCCAGUUGCUGCUGGGGUCUCCAUGGAAGUCAGCCACCAUGACAUGGGCAGGGGCUGCUGGGAAAUGGAGUCCGUUAUGGGCCGAAUCCAGCCCAUGGGUUGGACUUUGCCCACCCUGGUUUAAACCCACGUCAUCUCAUCUAAGAGUGACAUAACCACUAUGUCACAGGAUUGUGUUCUCUCUUGUACUGUCUGUGGCCCAGUGAUUCUACAUCCUUUUCUGUGCUUUGGCAGGAUGGGUAGGUAAUGCCCACCCACCCCAGCCUAGCUUAUAGUCUCAUGGGUAGUUCUGCUGUGUAAGCAGAGCUGGACGUGCCUAUAUCUAAAGGAAGUUUUAUAGGGUGGGCACUAUUUGUACCACUUUGUUUUUUGACGCUUGUAAAAUAAAUUGACCAUAAUUGCA